GGAUCGCCAUAUGCAGACUCAUCAUGGACACCAUAAACCAUUCCGUUGCAAGCUCUGUCCAUUCAAGUCCUCUUACAAUAGCCGCUUGAAAACCCAUAUACUCAAAGCUCAUGCUGGUGAACAUGCCUACAAAUGUUCUUCCUGCACAUUUUCCACCAUGACAAUCAGCCAGCUGAAAGAGCAUUCCUUGAGAGUGCAUGGGAAAGCACUGACACUACCAAGACCCCGUGUUGUCAGCCUCUCAGCCUCACUUGGCUACCACACCUCCAAGAAACACACUUCUGCUGAAGAGGUGGAGGACUCUAAUGACUCUUCAUACUCAGAACCUCCUGAUGUUCAGCAACAGUUGAACCACUACCAGUCUGCAGCUCUGGCCUGGAACAAUAACAUCAGCCGAAUCCCACUUUCUGGGAGUGCUGCAGGAGUGGAAAAAACAGAAGCCAUCCUUAACUGUGAAUUUUGUGAAUUCUCCUCGGGUUACAUACAGAGCAUUCGACGUCAUUACCGUGACAAGCACGGAGGGAAGAAACUCUUCAAGUGCAAAGAUUGUUCCUUUUAUACAGGCUUUAAAUCUGCUUUUACUAUGCACGUGGAAGCUGGACAUUCGGCAGUUCCUGAGGAAGGACCCAAAGACCUUCGUUGUCCUCUUUGCCUAUAUCACACCAAAUAUAAACAUAACAUGAUUGAUCAUAUAGUUCUGCACAGAGAAGAGCGGGUUGUUCCCAUUGAAGUUUGCCGUUCCAAACUGUCAAAAUACUUGCAGGGAGUUGUUUUCCGCUGUGAUAAGUGUACCUUUACCUGCUCCAGUGAUGAGAGUUUGCAGCAACACAUAGAGAAGCACAAUGAACUUAAACCUUACAAAUGUCAACUCUGCUACUAUGAGACCAAACACACAGAGGAACUGGACACUCAUCUUCGAGAUGAGCACAAGGUGAGUCGUAAUUUUGAGCUGGUUGGACGGGUUAACUUGGAUCAGCUGGAACAAAUGAAGGGGAAAAGAGAGGGCUCCAGCAGCGAUGAUGAAGAAAAAGAGUUAAGCCGCAAGACUGAAGAGAGAGGUCAGUAUAGUUGCUUUUUCUUUUAUGCUGGAUACUGUAAUGGACUGUCACGGAUGGAGUGAUGCACUUCACUCGUAAGAGAGAAGUAGCAAUAUGUUUACUGAUAUAAAACAGCAAUUUAACAAAGUUUGAUAUUAAAUGCAACAGUGGUUUAACAAGAUUUGAUGGCAAAGUUCACUUGAUAAUUUACUGCAUAGAGGACAGGGUCAGACAAAACUGUCAGGGAGACCCUCCCAUUGAGUCAUGAGGUUCAGAAAGGACCCCCUUGAGUUCUAAACUCCUUCUCAGAGAGGAGUUUAGGUGUGACUGGAUCCAGACUUGGUCAACGGUUUAUGCCUAAAGCAUUAUAUAUGCGCAAUCAAUCCUUUAUAUCACUUAGUUAGGAUUUCAAAGUUUGUCAUGCUAUUAAUCACUUACCGAGAAACUGUUGUGAUAAGGAAUCUCUCAACCUCGAGGAGUAACCUUGAGAGCUCAACGGGCCUUGGGCUGUCCACUAUUUAUGGAGUAAGAUAAUUGACUCAUAGUCAUAUUUACAUACCGACUACAGAUGUUAGUUUCUUCCACAUUUGGCUUGAGUUGGACAUUGACCAGCACUGUGGUUAGGCGGGCGCAUUGUUCAAAUUAGCCCUUGGCUACUGUGUUGUUAUCUGUCUCCCCUGAAUCCACAUGACCAGACGCAUCCAUUAGGACCACCACUGGUGGUUAUCAUCACUUGAGCAGGGUUACGGGAAAUACAGGUCAGGUUGGGGGUGGGGGGGGAGCACACCGCCACAUGAACCCUGACAUUUCCAUCAAGCAAGAUCAACUGUUGACUCAACAUCAGAUUCCUUAAGUCGUGGAAGCUUGUCAGUAUGGGCAAAAUGGAGCUUUUGUCAAGACACUUCCUGGAGGAAUUUUGUGUUUCUAAUGCUUAUGACAAGAUUUCUGUUUAAGAAAACCAAAUCAUGCUCCAAAAAAAAAUGUUAUGAGAAAAUACUGGCAACAUCUGUGACUGUGCAGAUGACAUCUAUGAGGGCUUAGAAAAAUACGUAAGUGUAGUAUUUUAGUGGGCUGUCAGAUUAUUCUGUGUUGGUAACCCAUGUUCAGCUUUGCUGCUCCACGUUAUACCAGUGAGGGAUAUAGUUCAGUGGCCAAGCUUAUUUUGGGGCUAUUGUCUGCCCAGUGCUUACAAAGCAUUCCUUCCCUCCUCUCUGUGAGAGCUUACCCUUUUGCCAUCACUUUGGUCAGCAACUCUGAAGCCAGGGUAGUUCCAUUCCUUAUAUUCAAAUCACUGUUCCAACUGUGCACUUUACAUUUGUGCCUAAAUUCACAUCUAUGAAUAAUCCCACUGAGUUCAGUAAGUCUUAUUCAUGUGUUUAUUGUUCAGAUGGUUAGCUGAGCAGGGAUAAAGAAAGGUAGUUCUUGGUGAAUUGGACUGGGGGGGGGGGUGUUUUAGUGUUUGUUUGGGGGUUUUUUGCCUUUAAUAUUAAAAUCAUUUUAGUGCAAAUAUCUGGUCCUGACUGGAAUACUCCAAGUAUUCUCACAAUCUGCUCUAUAGUGCAUGACUUCAUCAAUCGAAUGCAAUAUGUUUGCAAUUCUCGUUCAACAGUAAAAGGAGCUUGAUUUGAACUAAUAACUGCAGUAAGCCUUGUCAUACCUAAUCAUCAGGUUCCAGGAGUCAUCCAACCUCCUGAUGCUGACUGCAUUCUGCCAAGUUUCUAUGUACUUAUAACUAAAAGCAUGCUGCCAUGUUUACCUUUUUCCUUCUGAAAUUUCAGUUUUCAAUUGAAAACUCAUUUCAAUUUCAUUCAAGAGUUGUUCACUGUCCUGGUUUCGGCU